AUGGGGAAUACAUCGAGUACAGCGGUGCAGAAAUGCCUGUUAGCUGCCCUGGGAGGUAACAAUGCAUUAUUAGCCUCCAAUGCGACCGUUGGCUAUCAGAUCUCGCACGUCAAGCCCUACAAUCUUGAUAUACCAGUCGCGCCUGCAGCUGUCACUUAUCCCAAGUCUACCGAACAGGUCGCUGCGAUCGUUAAAUGCGCCGCCGACAACAAUCUCAAAGUCCAACCGCGCUGUGGUGGUCAUUCGUAUGCAAACUACGGUAUUGGCGGACAAAAUGACGCUAUCAUCGUUGACCUCGAGAACUUCCAGCAGUUCUCCAUGGACACGAAUACCUGGCAAGCAACAAUUGGCGGAGGGACCCUGCUGGGCGACGUCACCAAACGGCUUCACGACAAUGGAAAGCGCGCGAUGGCACACGGCACGUGUCCACAAGUCGGUAUUGGCGGUCAUGCAACCAUUGGCGGCCUGGGCCCGACAUCUCGAAUGUGGGGAGCGGCAUUGGAUCAUGUCGAAGAAGUCCAGGUCGUGCUUGCAAAUUCAUCGAUCGUUCGGGCAUCUGAGCAGCAGAACUCCGACGUCUUCUGGGCCCUGAAAGGAGCAGGAGCAAGCUUCGGCAUCAUCACCGAGUUCAAAGUGCGCACCGAGGCUGAACCGGGCGAAUCAGUCCUCUACUCGUACGGCAUCCAGGCCGGGAGCGCGAAGGACAAGGCGAAUGCCUUCAAGAAAUGGCAAGCAUUAAUUGCAGAUCCAAAUCUGUCGCGGAAGUUCGCCAGCCAGUUCAUCCUAACGGAGCUUGGUGUCAUCGUCUCCGGAACCUACUUCGGUCCAAAGGCCGAAUUCGACAGCCUCAACAUCUCCAGCCGCCUCCCUAACAAGGACGAGUCGGUGGUAGUACUCAAAGACUGGCUUGGCGUCGUAGGCCACUGGGCGGAGGACGUCGCGCUCGAGCUCGCAGGUGGCAUCCAGAGCAACUUCUACGCCAAGUCACUCGCCUACACGAAAGACGACAUUCUCCCCGACGCCGCGGUCGACAAACUCUUCCAAUUCAUCGACUCAACGGACAAAGGCACACCGGUCUGGUUCCUGAUCUGGGACCUGGAAGGCGGGAAAAUAAACGACUACGCGCCGGACGCGACGGCGUACGGACACCGCGACGCGCUGUUCUACCACCAAGCAUAUGCCGUCAACCUCUUUGGCAGGGUGGACAGCAAAAUCAGGAACUUCCUGACGGGCCUGAGCAAGGUCAUCACGGAUGCACUGCCCGGCCAUCAUCUUGGGGCGUAUGCUGGUUAUGUGGAUCCAGCGCUGGGUGCGAACGGUCCGUCGGAGUACUGGGGAAGCAAUCUGCCGAGGCUGCAGCAGAUCAAGGCGGCUGUGGAUCCGAAGGACAUCUUUCAUAAUCCGCAGAGCGUCAAGCCAGUGGCGGCGUAG